AAGUGUUGUUUCUUCUUCCGCUGCCGCGGUCUUGUGGUCCUGAGGCUUCUUGAGUGCCAUGUCAGCCAGAAGUCACGGCUCCGUCCUUCAUGGCGACAGUUUCAGAGGCUCCGUUGAAGCUUACAUCGAUGAGGAAGUGAAGAUUGCAGUCACUGCUGCUUUGGAGAGGUUUUACUGCAGUGAAGAAAAAGAGGUGGAAUUUCCUCCCUCCUUGUCUCCUGCUGAGAGAUCCUAUGUUCAGCAGUUGGCCCAGAAUUUGGGAUUCAUUUCUAGGAACACUGGGAAGGAACCAAAUCGCCUGCUCGUUGUCGGGAAGAGGGAUGUUUUUAAAAAAUGUCCUCCAACCUAUCCCCUCAUAGUCUCCCAGAAUUCCAAGCAUAUCAUCCAAAGUCUGCUCCAGAGGUCAACUGCUAACAAAAAGGAGCAGACGGACAAACAGCUCUGGAACAAAAGUGACUUUUCCACCAUUGAUUCUGACAGCUGCUAUGAUAGAAACAGAGCUAGUGGACGCUUAAACAAUGGUAUUCCAAUGGUACCCAGGAAGAGAAGUUCCUCAGAACUGGACAAUUUCCGAUCCACCCUGCCUGUCUGGGAAAGCCGGGUGGAGAUUCUACAACUUAUUCAGCAGAACAGGGUGGUGCUUAUUUUGGGAGAAACUGGCUCAGGAAAAACUACACAGAUUCCACAGUUUCUGCUGGAUGACUGCAGCAGUAGUUCACAAUGCUGCAGGAUUUUCUGCACGCAGCCCAGGCGGUCAGCGGCCAUUGCUGUGGCUGAGAGAGUGGCAGCAGAGAGAGGAGAGAGUGUCGGCCAGACUGUUGGUUACCAUGUCCGACUGGAGAGCAGGGUCUCCCCCAAAACACUGCUGACCUACUGCACAAGUGGAGUUCUCCUCAGAACAUUGAUGGCAGGAGAUGCCAGCCUCUCAACGGUCACUCAUGUUAUUGUGGAUGAGGUGCAUGAACGUGAUGGUGUGACUGACUUCUUGCUCACAAAGAUAAAAGAUGUGCUGAAGAAGAUCCCUUCCCUAAAACUGAUUCUCUCUAGUGCGUCGCUGGAUGUAGACCUUUUCAGGCAGUACUUUGGGUCCUGUCCUGUCAUCAGUCUCAAAGAAACACAGUUUGAAGUGAAGGAACUCUUUUUGGAAGACAUUCUGAAGUUGACUGGUUUUCAUGAGUGGUGCGGAGCAGUGAAGCAAAAGGCUGUUGGGGAAGAGCAGAACGAUGUCUCAUCUCCGGACUUCCUUCAUGUUCGUGGGCGUGGAGCUGCUGAUAGCGGUGCCUUCAACCAGACGGGUGAGAAGACAAGGCUGCAAAGACAGAUAGAUGCUUGCAUCUCCAAGCUUUUUUUUUAUGAAGACCAAGAGAUUUUCUGUCAGCUCUUCAGUCUAAUCCUAAAUGAAGGUGUUGAUGUUGACUGCUCACACAGUGAGACUGGUGCUACACCUCUGAUGAUGUCAGCAGCCCGAGGAUUUGUCACACAGAUGCAGCAGCUGCUUAGCAUAGGUGCUGACCUCAACAAAAGGGAAUCAAAUGGAUGGACGGCUUUGGACUUUGCCAAACACUUCCAUCAAACAGAAGCAAUAGAUCUGCUCCAGUGUUGCAAAUAUCUACAGGUAGAAACCACAGCGGAAGAGUCCAUUCUGAUUCCAAGCGAUUAUGUGGAACCAAACAAUGAUGAAGAGGAUCUACUCAAACUGUUUCACCACAGCUUUGAUGGCCAGUGGGGGGACCUGAAGCUCAUCAUGACUCUGCUUCACCAUAUCUGCUCUACCAGCAGUGAUGAUGUUUCCAUUCCAGGAGCUGUCCUCAUCUUUCUCCCUGGAUAUGAAGAAAUCGUGGCUCUGAGGGAACACAUUCUGAACGAGGACAAAAUGUUUUGCACACACCCGGAGAGCUAUCAGGUGUUGAUUUUACAUUCAGACGUUCACACCCUGGAUCGGAAAAUGGCUGUCAAGCCCUCUCCACCUGGCAUCAGAAAAAUUAUUCUCUCCUCUAACAUUGGUGAAACAAGCAUCACCAUCAACGAUGUAGUCUUUGUCAUCGACUCUGGGAGAGUCAAAGAGAAGUACUUUGAUGCAGUCAGUCAUACAUCUACGCUGAAGAUGUCGUGGAUCUCUAAAGCCAGUGUUCUGCAAAGGAAAGGAAGAGCCGGACGCUGCCGGCCAGGCUACUGCUUCCACCUGUUUAGUCGCCUCAGGUUCAGAGACAUGCUGGAGUUCCCGGUUCCUCAGCUGCUGCUAAUGCCUCUGCAGGGGCUGUGCUUGCAGACCAAACUUCUGGCUCCCUCCUCCUGUCUUAUUGGAGACUUCUUGUCCAAAGCCCCCCAGCCUCCUCCUGCUCGUUCUGUGAGCAGUGCUGUGCAGGUUCUGAAGAAGAUAGAUGCUCUUGAACAGAAUGAGGACCUGACUGAGCUUGGCUACCGCCUGGCUGAUUUACCUGUGGAGCCUCAGCUGGGGAAAAUGGUGCUGUGUGGCGUAGUGCUCAAGUGUCUGGACCCCAUCCUCACCAUCGUCUGUGCUCUGGCCUAUCGUGACCCCUUCAUCAUUCCCACUGAGAACUCUCAGAAGAGAUCAGCUCUCAAUUGUCGCAAACGCUUUGCUUCUAAUUCCUUCAGUGACCACAUGGCCCUGCUCAGAGCUUUCCAGGCGUGGCAGAAAGCUCGCAGUGACGGUUGGGAGAGAACGUUUUGUGAGAAGAACUUCCUGUCUCAAGCGACCAUGGACAUCAUUCUCGGCAUGAGGACGCAGCUGCUCGGACAUCUCCGUGCCAUUGGUUUCGUGCGAGCCCGUGGAGGAAGUGACAUCCGUGACGUAAAUCUUAACUCAGAAAACUGGGCGGUGGUUAAGGCUGCCCUGGUGACUGGCAUCUACCCAAACCUCAUCAAAGUCAACAAGAAAAGCUCUCUGCUUUCCAGCCUGAUGGAAAAAAAAGUUCACUUUCAUUCCACAUCUGUCCUGAGCCAGCAGCCGAAUAAGGAGGAUAGCCCAGCUGAAAAUGGUCCGGCCUUUCCAACCGACUGGUUGAUCUAUGACCAGAUGAGCAGGGGUCACAGAAUGGCGAGUGUGCGUUGCUGCUCCUUGGUGACUUCAGUCACAGUUGCCAUUUUUGGAGGAUGUGCCAGACUACCAUGUUCUGCGUCAUACGACAAUGCUGCACUCAAAACAAAAGAUGACAGGGACAUAGAACUGGCUGAGAUGAAGGUAGAUGAGGGGCUUGUCUUCCAUUUGGAAAAAGAGUCUGCAGGGUUGCUGUUUGAAUUCAGACAGAAGUGGCAAAAAUUGUUUGCAAAAAGGAUUCGUUGUCCUUCAAAGCCUUGGUCUCAGCAGGAUGAGGACGUUCUUGGUACCCUAGUCUCUGUUCUGGGAGUUGAGGAGCAGAAGGCAGGCUUGCAGCAACCCACAGGGAUUGGCCAGCGGCCAAAGCCGAUGUCGUCAGAGGAAGUACUAAAGAUGUCUGUGAUGACGGCUAAGAACAGCCGUGAAGCAACAGUCAACAUCACACGGGUGUCCAAUGGGCUGAAGAGCUUGGCUUGCUGUCCAAUGACACACUCCGAUCUGAAAAUGAAGGCCAAGUGCAGAGAAGACACGCAGUCCUCCAGUGGUUCUGUUUGCCCCGUUACCCCGGACAGCCCCUCAAGCAUCUCAUGGACCGAAUCUUCAGAGAAGCAGACCCUAAAGCCAGGUCUCAUGCUGCCAGUGUUUUCCUCCGUCCGAUACUUCAUCAUGAAGAGCAGCAACAUGAGGAACCUGGAAAUUUCUCGACAGAAGGAGAUCUGGUCCACCUCACCGAGCAAUGAGAAUAAACUCACUAAAGCCUUCCACUGCAACAGCUUUGUCAUCCUCAUCUUCUCUGUUCAAGGCUCUGGACACUUUCAGGGCUAUGCCAGAAUGACAUCUGCAGUGCAUAUGGAAAACUGUCAGGACUGGGGCUUUGUGGGGCUUGGAGGGGUUUUCUCCGUUGAGUGGAUCCACAAAGAAAGUAUUUCUUUCCAGUGCACACAACACAUUCUCAACCCCUGGAAUGACAAUAAAAAAGUCCAAAUCAGCAGGGAUGGACAGGAGUUGGAGCCACAGACCGGCCAUCAGCUGCUGAUGUUGUGGGACCGAAACUUUGAGGAAGGAUUUCUGCCUUCCACUGUUCAAGCUCUGGUCUAAAGACGUCGCUGGAGUUCAGUCUGUUCGCAGUGAGACGUCCUUUCAGUUCAGACAGUUGUGUUCCUUGUUGUCAUCAUUAGGUUGUGUCGCUGGAUAACAAUCUUUGUGUGUUGUGUUAUCUCAGUUCUCAGUCAUGUUUUACUAAUAAAAUGUUAUCAUUUGGAAUGCUUUUACAGAUUUAUGACAAGUUUAUGAAUUUCCAAAGUCAGACAACCAAAGUAAACUCUGAAUGGGAAACAUCUGAUGCUGAACAAAAUAAUGAAAAAAGUCAGAGACUGUGACACAAAGAAGGACCUGAGAUCUCGGUUCACCUGCCCUUCAGAAACCUAUUGACUUUGUGGAGUAGAGAUCCCCUGCUGGGGCUUUCCGCUGCUAUUGUUCACGAUUGGCGUCUCUUGGCUGUCCUCGACACUCUGACUGAGGUCAUUCCAAGACUCUCCUGCUACGGUUAGCUUCAGCGUCUUUCCGUGUCUUUGUGAUUCAUGUCCCGCAUUAGUCCUAGAGCGGAGAAAAUGGUCAAAUUAGCGGAUCAUUAGCUGCUCAAAUGGCAUUGCUGCCACAUAGCCACACCUCACCCAAUGUUGAGAAUGUGCUGCAGGACCUCAAAUCACGUCUGUACAUCGACUUACCAAUGAAACUCAGCGAUUGUGACGCGCGCAUCGCGUUGAUUGUGAACACAGCUUUAUUGGUUAGUUUCCGCUCUUGUAAGAAUUUUAUCCCAUCCCGGUCCUGUGAUUAAUGCCAAACGACUCCCGUCUCAUGGGAAUCCUGUGUGACGCCAAACCCAGGCCGUCAUCCAACAGCGGCGGACCACGGUAAAAGUUAAAACAGCAAUGACAGGAAAACUAGAGGACCUUAAAAAAUAGUUGAACUUAUGUCUGGAGAAAUUGCAAACACCUCAAAA